AAAUUCCUAAUCCGUGCGAGAUAAAAAAAAGUAAGAUACGAGCGAAGGGCGAGUAACCUUUGCAGCGAGGAACAAGGAUCAGGGCAAAAAUCGGCAAAGUGUAGCCAUGAAGUUGAAUAUCUGACUGUCUGCUUUGUGAGGGAAGCCGAUCGUAACUGAUCCGACUAAGAUUGACCUUGAACAAGAUGGUCAGGGGGGCGCUGUUACUACUCUUGCUAGUCCUGUUCGGUGCCUUCGACGUUCCUGGCAUUGGGAGAAUUCGUCUCAGAUAUCUGGCGGAGGCUGAUAACACCUGUAACGGUUGCAGGAUGCACGAGGAGACCAGAGCCCUUAGCCUUGAAGCCAUCAAGGAACAGAUAUUGAACAAGCUGGGCUUGAAACAAGCUCCGAACAUGACGGGCAGAGCUCUGCCGAGAAUCCCGGCAAUUUCGAAGCUGAUGGACAUAUACGGGAUGCAAGCCGAUCAACCUCAACCACUCGAGCCCGGUAUCACGCACCACGAGGAGAUCGACGAGUACGCUGCUAAAACGGAAAGCGUCGUCGCCCUGGCGCAACCUCAUCAGAGAAUACGGCACUCGAAAGGCAGCCUCGACUUUCUCUAUUUCAAAUUCUCCGACAAGGUGGUUCAGCAUCGCGUGACCAAGGCAGAAUUAUCCCUGUGGAUAUGGGGUAGCAAUCAACCGGAAGAAGGGGGGGGGCCGGUGACGAUCACGUUGCAGAGGAUUCUUCGUGGUGGCACUGAGACCGAAGGGCCGUCGUUACGCCCAUCUUUGACCACGAAACAUCCUCGACCGGUCGGCUGCAGGGGUAACUGGGUAACGAUCGAGUUGACAAAAAUGGUUGCCGAAUGGUUUAAGCAUCCUAGGGACAAUCUCGGAGUAGCUCUAAACGUCUCCGGUCCCGCCGGUCCCGCCGGUCUCGCCGCUCAUUGCAAAAAUUCGAAAUUGGUCGAGACUAAUCCCGGAGCCGAGUACGCGCCGUACCUCGAGGUACAGACGCAAGAACUCGAUUCUAGAAGGGGCGCAAGGAUCAAGAGAAACGUAGGACUCAAUUGUGAUGAAACCAGCCAGGAGACCAGGUGUUGUCGAUACAAACUCACCGUCGACUUUGAGAAGUUUGGCUGGGAUUGGAUAAUCGCGCCGAAAAAGUACGACGCCAAUUACUGUUCGGGCGACUGCCCCAUGGCUUUUCUGCCAACGUACCCCAACACUCACAUCGUCAGCCUGGCGGAACCUCCCAAGAACUCUGGUCCAUGUUGCGCCCCGAGGAAACUCUCCGAGAUCACGAUGCUCUACUUUGACAACGAGUAUCAAAUCGUGUUCUCGCGAUUACCAGGCAUGGUCGUCGAGAGAUGUGGAUGCUCAUAAUCCACCUUACAGCUCGACGGAACUGCAAUGAUUAC